AUGAAUUCGAAUAAUACCAAUGCCAACAGUGAUAGUUUCGACUAUAUAUUACAAUUGACCAAAGUACUAACUGCGGAAUGUCGUGCCAGUAGGCAGGAGACGGAUAAGAUUGAAUUGAAUUUACAAAGAAUCGCCAAACAAGUUGGAUUAUCAUACGAACAGUUAACUAAUAAAGUGAAUCAAGAGGUACAAGAACGUUAUUCCGAGACCAUUAAUGAAACGGCUAAGGAUGAGAAGGAGAGGUUGAUCAUAGAGAACUACCAACUAAUAUAUCAAAUUGAACAAGCAGAAUAUUUAAAGAAACGAGUUUGGAAUUUAAUUAAGAAUAUUAACGACCAUAUCUUAUCCAUCAAGAAUUUCAUCACUCAACAACGAAUGAACAGUUUACAAGACUUUGAUAAUUUCAUGUUUGACAAUUUUGAGAAUGUGGAAAGACAAUUGGAUGACAAUAUAGUUAACCUUGAUGAAUCCAAUGAUAUUACAAAGGAAAAUAUAGCCUUAGCGUUAGAGAAAUUACAAAAGACGAUGGACGGCAUUGAUUGGACAAUGGUCCCCAGAGAUUCUCAUCAUAUACAGAGUUUGAAGAGGAAACUGGAGUCAUUUGAACAGUUGUAUGGUAUAUCGCUUAAUAAAUCGUUUUAA